AUUGAAACCGCUGAAUUGAAAAGAAGCAUUACAUUACAGAAACUCAUUCUAGAAGCAGCCAUGAACCGGCCAGUGAUGUUCUUGAUAUCAGCGUUGGUCUUAGGCUACGUCUUUAAGACCAAUGCAAAUGCAAAGGAAUUUCUCAUCUCCAAUGAGUCGUUCAUGAAAUUGGAAGAGGGGGAGAUGGACCAGUAUUUGGUGGAGAGAGCCACUGCCACAAUGUCAGAUAGUCAAAUUGCAGCUUUCUUGGAUAGGCACAAUAAACUGCGAGGAGAAACUGUGCCAGCAGCCUCCAACAUGAACUAUUUGGUAUGGGACCCACAGUUAGCAGCCAUGGCACAGGAGUGGUCCGAAGGGUGUAAAUAUGCUCAUGGCAACCCAACGAACAUCAGUCCAUGGACAUCCAUUGGCCAGAACCUCUACAUUGAAGCUCCCGGCUCCCCGUCGAAUCCGGUGUUAGGAUCAGGUCCUGUGCAGGCAUGGUAUAAUGAGGAUAAGUUCUAUACGUAUAGCAACGAUACGUGCAAGCCCAAAGAGAUGUGCGGACAUUACACACAGGUAACCUGGGCAACAUCUAAAGCUGUUGGUUGUGGGAUGGCUUUCUGCCCAAUGACAACAGGCGGUGUAACUUGGAAGAACGCGUGGUUGGUCACCUGUAAUUAUGGUCCAGCUGGAAAUUGGGGAGGCGUGCCCUUUCUAUCAGGUACACCCUGCACCCAGUGCACCAGUGGAAUAGGCCAGUGCUACAACAACCUUUGCAGGUUGUGUGCAACGCAUUCGGGGAGCUGUGAAUGUAAACAGGUUUGCCUCAACGGUGGUGUACUUGAUGCCCAAAAAUGCUCCUGCUCGUGCGCUGAUGGUUUUCACGGAACCGACUGUAGUAAGGAGUGUACAGACUACCAUAACAACUGUGGAGCCAACCCCGGCUGGCCCAAGAGCUGGUGUGAUGCUGACCAUUCUUACGUGUUGACCAACUGCCCAGCAAUGUGUGACCUGUGUACCCGAGCACCUUGUUUGUUGCCGUGUAGCUCAAAGGGUGGGGUUCUGGACAGUGAGAAGUGCGUCUGCAACUGCAAAGAAGGAUUUCAAGGAGCUGAUUGUAGUACCUGUGCAAAAGAUUGCCAAAAUGGCGGCGUAUUAAAUCAAGAAGAGUGUUCCUGCAAAUGCCCUCCUGGUUUCAAUGGAGCAAAUUGUGAAAAGGUGUGUGAAGACACACAUGAAUAUUGUGGAGCCAACCCCGGCUGGCCAAAGAGCUGGUGUGAUGCUGACCAUUCUUACGUAUUGACCAACUGCCCAGCAAUGUGUGAACUGUGUACCCGAGCACCUUGUUUAAUCCCGUGUAACUCUAAGGGUGGGACGCUGGACAUGGAGAAAUGUGUCUGCAACUGCAAUAAAGGGUUUGAAGGAGCUGAUUGUGGAACCUGUACAAAGGUGUGCAAAAAUGGCGGUGUGUUGAACAACCAAGACUGUGUGUGCAAGUGCGCUGACGGGUAUACUGGAGACGAGUGUGGCAAGGUGUGUGAAGACACACAUGUGUACUGUGGAGGCAACCCCGGCUGGCCCAAGAGCUGGUGUGAUGCUGACCAUUCUUACGUGUUGACCAACUGCCCAGCAAUGUGUGACCUGUGUACCCGAGCACCUUGUUUGUUGCCGUGUAGCUCAAAGGGUGGGAUUCUGGACAGUGAGAAGUGCGUCUGCAACUGCAAUGAAGGGUUUCAAGGAGCUGAUUGUAGUACCUGUGUAAAGGUGUGUAAAAAUGGCGGUGUCUUGAAUCAACAAGAGUGUUCGUGCCAAUGCGGUCCUGGUUUCACAGGAGUAGACUGUGGCGAGGUGUGUGAAGACACACAUGAAUACUGUGGAGCCAACCCCGGCUGGCCAAAGAGCUGGUGUGAUGCUGACCAUUCUUACGUUUUGACAAACUGCCCAGCAAUGUGCGACCUUUGUGUUCCAGCCUCUGCAAGAGAGAUGCUUAUGGCUAAAAACAUCAUGAAAAAAUUCAAGUAGACAGCGAAUCACAGAUGCCGAGGGCUGAGCCAAGACUGUAAUACUUCUAACCAAUAUCUGGUUUGGAACUUUAAUAUAACAUCGUAUACGAAUUUUUAAAAAGUAACGUUAACUAGCAAUAUUGAUGAAUUCUGUGUAGGGUGGUGGUUUCACUGUUUUCAAUCAAAAUGUCAUAAGAAUUUUGCCUAAUGUUAAUCACGAGGUACAUGUAUUUAUAUUAUGUUUAGUGCAUUUGUUUAUGUAUACAAUGUAGUGAAUUAUGGUUCUGUGAGUGUUCCUAUGGGGAUGAGCCUCUCAUAAGGGGUUGACUUUUUUUUCCACAGAGGAAAUUGUUUAUUCAAACUUAAAACUUUAAAGGAGGUAAUUCCGAUACUGUCACUUUUUUUCACUAGGAUCAUAAGGAUGAUUUUUCAAAUUAUUGUGCUUCAAACGAUUACUUCAAGACUAUUCAAACACAAAAACGGUACCUAAUUAAUCCAAAAGGUGACGAACGUCGAUAAGUUAUUGAUAAGUAAGUGUAAUACUUUAGAGAGACAUUAAGCGUAGAGAUAGAGUUAGCAUACAUCCAUGAGCAUCACAAUAAAACAGAUUGAGAGUCUCCCGUUAUCUGACGCCAA